UAUCAACCUACUUCUCUCUCCAUCUCUACCACCACCACCACCACACACACCGUCAACAUGAGCUUCACCAACAUCCGCAGCGAGACCGCCGCCGGUCUGGAAAAGGCCGCCGAGAAGAUCGCGCCCAAGGGCAAGGCCCUGCCCAUCCCGGCUUUCGGUGACUUCAGCAAGGCCGCCAACGACCUCAUCAACAAGGACUUCUACCACUUGAGCCAAGCCACCCUCGACGUCAAGCUCAAGGCUCCCAAUGGCACCAACAUCACCGUCAAGGGCAAGCAGGCCUUUGAGGGUGCCACCUCCGGCUCCAUUGAGGGCAAGCAUGUUCUCAAGCCCCAGGGCGUGACCAUCACCCAGGCCUGGACCACCGCCUCCCUCCUCGACAGCAAGGUCGAGCUCGCCGACGUCAUUGCCCCCGGCUCCAAGGUCGACAUCCAGAACCUGUGGAACCCCAGCAAGCCGGCCGCUGCCGCCCAGAAGGUCAACUUCGCCUACAAACACGCCAACGUGCACAGCCGCGCCUUCGUCAACUACGGCACCCAGUCCGGCAAGAUCGACACCAUCCUCGACGUCACCGCCGGCCACGACGGCUUCCUCGUCGGCGCCGAGGCCGCCUACGACGUCCAGACCGCCAAGCUCACCAAGUACUCCCUCGGCCUCGGCUACCAGGCCCCGACCUACUCGGCCAGCUUGAUCGGCACCCAGAACCUCAGCAUCAUCGCCGCCAGCUACUACCAGAAGGUCAACAGCUCCGUCGAGGUCGGCGCCAAGGCCGGAUACGAUGUCGCGAACAAGAAGGCCAGCGGAUUGGAGUUGGCUUCCAAGUACAAGUUGGACCCUCUGUCCUUCGCCAAGGCCAAGAUCAACGACCGCGGUAUCGCCGCCCUCGCCUACUCCACCAAGCUCAACGCCGGCACCACCAUCGGCCUCGGCCUGUCCCUCGACACUAACAAGCUCAACGAGGCCGGCCACAAGAUCGGCACCUCGCUCACCUUCGAGGGUUAGAGAAAUCCAAUCCACCUGGAAAGGGGAGGCGCGCGCGUGUGUGUGUUCUUCUCAUCAUCCCCGUCUCUACCCGUCUCUCCCCGACUCUCCCCCUUCGGAUCUCAAAUCAUCGUCAUUUCCCCUUCCCCUGUCCUUCCCGUGAACUUCGGAAUCUGUCCCUUUUUUUUGUCCGUCUUCCUUCUUUUCUUGGAGGGGAGAACAAACAGGGUGAUUUGGGCGACGUCUCACGGGAACGCGUGCGGGAUGGAGAUUGUUCGAGGUCGGAAGAUUCUCAGGGGCGAGGGGAGGGACGGAGGCCGGGGGGAUGCCGGCGGACUUUCCCAUAGAGUUUCGAAGAGACACGGGCAGCGUAUGUAUGUACUCGUAUCGAUUUUUUUUUCUGUAGAAACCACAAAGGAAAAGAUAAGAGGCCUACAAAACACGCGAUUUUCUUUUUCAAG